AAUGUCGCAACGUGCGGGGAGCGAAGAUGAAAAAGUCCGCGAUCGAAACGUCACCUCAGGAAACAGAAGCGCAGCGGUUUUUCGGUCUUUGAACCCCGCAGCACGCGACCCACGCGGACGAUCGUGGGUAACUUUGAAUUUCAUCUUCCUUAUCGCGUUCGACAGCGUGUCUUAAUUUAUAAGUCGGGGCUAUCGAGAAACCGCCCUCCGGUUCAGCGGCUGGAAUUCUAGAUCGGUCGGUCGGUCGGUCGGUCGGUCCGCGCGCGUCUGUUAAACGUACGCAAACGGCGGUGGGGAAUCAAGAAGGGGGGAAAAAAAUGUAAGGAAAAAAAUGACGAGAGUUCAAGUGCCGGUGUGAGAUAAGAUCCCAGUAGCGGAGAGUCGGAGUUCGUCGGCUUCUGGCAAAGCGACUGCAUUUAGUGUUCUCUGCGUUAUUACCGAGGCGCGCCGCGAUCCCCCGUUCGUAGUCGAACACCUCGGUGAUAAACGCGCGUGCGUCAGCCCCCGUCUUCGCCCCGAAGAAAACGCGGCGAUUUCCUUUCGCGGCGGCGGCGGCGAGAUAUGUCAAACGCAAUCGGAUUAGCGCGCGAACGUUGAACGAACGAUAAUCAUGGAGAGCGACGAGUUCGUUGGUAAUUUUACCGGACAUCAGGAGCAACCGAUUUACCCGAGACCGGUCACCCUCAUCGCCGCAGCUUGUGCCGUCAUUUUCAGCUUCGUCGGAGUCACAGGUAAUCUAAUCACCGUGUUGGCGCUUCUGAAGUACGCCAGACUCAGGAGACACGCAACCACCGCUUUCGUAAUCAGCCUCAGUUGUUCGGACCUGAUAUUUUCUGCGGUAAAUUUACCCCUGACCGCAAGCCGUUACAUAAACGAAGCAUGGAUUCUCGGAGACACUAUGUGCAUGAUAUUUCCGUUGUUCUUUUACGGUAACGUCGCGGUGUCCCUUCUCAGCAUGGUCGCCAUCACGAUCAACAGAUACGUCCUCAUAUCUCGGCCGGACAUUUACGCCCAAGUUUACACAAUCCGGAGGAUAAUCCUGAUGCUGGUCGGAAUAUGGGUCCUGAGCUUCAGCCUCCUCGUCCCUCCGCUUCUCGGUAUAUGGGGCACCCUCGGCUUCGACGAGGCCUCGUUCUCCUGCACAAUACUGAGCAAGAACGGUCGUAGUCCGAAGAAGGUACUAUUCGCCGUGGGUUUCGCGAUACCAUGCCUGGUGAUAAUCGUGUCCUACCUUUGCAUAUACUGGCGAGUGCGAAGGAGUUUGAAAAAAUUGCAAGCCCACAGCGGUGGCAAAUGCGGCGGAUUUCAGCGCAAGGAAGACUCGCGGGUGACGAGAUUGAUGCUCACGAUAUUCCUGUGCUUUUUGGUGUGCUUCAUGCCCCUGAUGAUCGCCAACGUCAUAGACGACGAGAUGAGGCUACCCUAUCUGCACAUCGUAGCCUCGAUCUUGUCGUGGGCCUCGUCGGUUAUCAACCCUUUCAUUUACGCGGGUACGAACCGACUCUACAGAGAGGCUUACCGGCAGCUAUUCUGCCCCUCGAUCACUCCGGUCGCUAAUUUCAAUCCCCCGAAACCGAUGCAUUCGCAUUCGAGUAAAGUCUCCGCACCGAACGUCACUUAGUGAUUGACGUUCAACGCUUCGGACUCAAGUGAACUAAUUAGAUUAAUAAUUUGGUAAAAGAAAAGUAGCGGCAGUUCCCCGAAAUCUGUGGAUCGAGAAAUAGGAUGGAUUUAUGGAUUGAUUACUCUACUUUGUUCACCGUGCUACCUCGAAUCUCGUUAGGAAAUACACGUUUUUACAACACUUGGUUUCGAAAGUUCGAUUUCCGAGCGCCAGAUGUCGCGCAGUAAUUGCCCCAUUCAACCGCACGAGUGCGGUAAGUGCUCCAUUAUCUCACAGUUCCGACUCGACCGUACCGUAGCCGUGAAGGAAGUACCGAUGUAACCUAGGCGUUAAGGAUUAUUCUUACGCGAGUAAACUUAAGAGGGGGACAUUGAUAGACAAUGAACGAAAACGUUGGUCGCGAUAAAUCACCAGAUGAAUCACAAACGGCCAAAAAUGUGUCCGACGAUGAUCCAUUGCCGGAUAAGUCGAAAGCGAAAUACAUGGCGACUUAUGAAAAAUUCAUGAACCGGAGAGUUGGAAAUAAUGUAACAUCUUUCUCCGAGGACGUAUCGAUGGCUUACUUUGACGAACUAGACUCGACAUUGAAGCCAUCCUCAUUGUGGGUGAUUUACUCGAUGUUGAAAAGCACUCUACGUACCAAUCACGAUAUCGACUCAAAGACGUACGCUGAGGUCAUCGCAUUUUUGAAGAAAAGUAACGUUGGCUUCAAAUCGCAAAAAUCCAAAGAUUUUACCGUUGACGAAAUAGAAAGAUUUCUCACCGACGCUCCCGACGAUAAACAUUUAGCUAACAAGGUAAGAAUCGAAUACUCGUGACGUUCGUUCGAGUUACCGAGAGUUCGCGAAUGAAACGAACGCAUCGAAUUCGCAGGUUGGUUUGAUUCUCGGUAUAAACGGUGCUUGUAGAACGGAAGAGCAAUGCGGUCUUACCGCGAAAGAUGUCGUCGAAUACGGGAAUUCGAUGAUUUUGGUAAAACUGCCGAGAACGAAAUCACAUCUCGAACGAUCGUUUACGGUCACGGACGUGUUUUGUCGAAUCAUAAAAAAAUACAUGGCGUUACGUCCAGCGAUAAAUUUUUUUUAAUUAUCAAAAAGGGAAGUGCACCCAGCAGCCUGUCGGUGUUAACGAAAUCGGUGGUAUGCCGAAAGUGAUCGCGACCUAUCUUGGUCUGUCGCGACCCGAGCUGUACAGUGGACGAAGUUUUCGUCGCACGUCAGCAACGUUACUCGCCGAUUCCGGAGCUGAUCUUACGGCGGUGAAGCGUCGUAGCGGUUGGAAAAAUCCAUCACUUGCGGAGGUUUAUACCGAAAAUUCUGUCGUCGAUGAAACGAGAGUGAGUGUCGAAGUAGGUCGGGAUAUCAAUUCGGAAGACACUGACGAUCCGUUAGCGUCUGUGAAGAGCCAAAAUUCCGAUCCGCUUGAAUCUGACGGAAAUUUGAGCGCGCCACCACCGAAAAUCGUCAAAGUCACCGGAAGUACGUCGAAUCUUCCGACGCGAUCUUCGUCGGAAAUAAAUGAUAUAAACAUUGACGAACGAACCGGUUUAUCGACCGAAAUUAAAUUACCUACAAGAAAUUUGCAUCUUUCACUCAACAACUGCUCAAACGUUACCAUCAAAUUUUCCGAAUAAGAAAAACGUAUAAACUUUCAUAUCUAUCUUUAAGACAUUGUGACUUAAUAAAAAUAUUUUUACCAUAAAA